AUGGGCGGUUUAGGGGUUUUGAAUCCAAAACUGCAACAAGGUGCCCUUCAGCUCCGUUGGCUUCGACCUCUAUUCCAAUCCACUUCGUCUCCUUCUGGUCUGGUGUUGCCUUGGCUGCUAUAUCUUCUUCGGCAUUAUCUACCUGAUGUCCAUCCCCAUCUUCCUUUCAUUUUUCCUGACCUCAGACACCCUCGAUUCCGAACUUACACCAGUCCUUUCUUUAACCUUUUUGCUGCCUGCGAUCUCUUGCCUCACGAUUUUGACUCUACUGUGAUAAAUCUACCGACUUGUCUGGACAUUCCUCUCGCCUCUGCAGUUGUGGUUCCACAUGGUCUCCCUGCUUUUCCUGCUUCUUGGCGUCACCUCCGGAUCCGGGAUGCCUACGAGAUCAACACCACUUUGGAUAUCCUUUCUCGCCGCUUACCUUCUUCCUUUCCUCGUUCACCACGCAUCCUCCGCAAAGUCCUUCAGCGGGUGGAUGAUCACUCUCUUUUCCUUCACGCAUUCGUCAUUCGCGCUUGCCUGCCUCAAAGUAUCUUGACCGAACAAUUCCCUGACUUGAUGGCUCGCACGGGCACUGAGGUUGACCCUUCCACACUCCUGUCGGCCCUCUCUCUUACCUUUCCUUGGAAACGCUUGUCUACACGCCAAUUCCGUUCCUCCUGUGAAGUCGUCACUUCUUCUAUCGAGGAUGUACCGCACAACAUACGAGCCAUCAAAUGGCGUCAAUUCUGGUCUUUUAUCCUUCCGUAUGCCUCUCGCAACAUUUGGUUCCGGCUGCUUCACCACAAGAUCUCAUGUCAAUCCGUGCUGCAUAACCGUAUUCCCACCUCAUUUCCCUCCCCUAAUUGUUCGCUGUGUGGAACGGAAAUUGACUCUCAAGACCAUUUUCUCUACGCAUGCCCACUCAAGCUUCCUCUCUGGCACACACUCUGGCUCGCGCAUUUCGGCUUUUCCCCCCAAUCCUCUGACAUUCACAAUGCGCUAUACAAGUUUUCCUUCCCUCCCCCCCUUGAUCCCACUUCACAUCCUGCCUCAAUCCUUGGCUCUGUUCUUUUAGCCUUGUGGAGACAUCACUGGGCUUUCAUAUUCGAUCAAUCACCUUUCGUUGCCGCUAAUGCCACUACCACUGCCAACUCCCUGCUUUCCCGUUUACAAUCCGAAGAAAACCUUGAUCAACGCCCUUUUUCUGUCUAA